AUGCAGACAUACGACGAGAUCUACAAACUAUACCGGAAAUCUCCGAAAUUUGAAGGCCUAAUACCACUUGAAUCACAACCCACAUAUGCUUCAAUUGCCCUAGUUGCGGCACUUGUUUUGAUUGGAUUCGCGGCAACUCUGCCUGCGAAGGCCAGUGGGACGCCACUGGCUGUGCAAUUCGUGAAAUACACAACAGUGAGCUUGGUCGGGAGUAUGUUUCUAGGAAUCGCUGUUGUCUUCUUGACGAAUUCCUUCGGUGUCUAUGCUUGA